AUCAAUUCUGAAUAUUUCUCCCUCUCCUUGAAUUCUUCCUUCUCUUAAUUUUUUCGUUUUUUAUUUUUAUUUUUUUACAUUUACUCAAUGAAUUCUAUGUGGGUGUGAACUCUAUGAUCUUUGGAAUAAUGGCUAUUUUUUUUUUAACUGAGACCCCAUUUGAAAGUUGUGCUUUGAUGCAAGAUGGAGUGAUUUUUGUGGGAUUUUAGUCUUCAGUUUGGAUUUUCUGUGUUGCUUUCAUUUUUUCUGUUUCUGGCUCUGUGGCUGUGGUUGAGGACAGGUUCUGUUUCUGUGGUUGCAGAUACCUGGUUCUUCUAUGAAUUUUGUUUCUCCUUAAUUCAUCUGUGAAGCAAAGUGAACUUGUGGUAUACCUUUCCAAUUGAGGUUUCUAGCGAAAGAGAAAGGAUGUCAAGUGGGACAACAUACUGGUGUUACACAUGCAGGCAGCCAAUCUGGCUUGAAGGGAGGGAAGGCUUUUGCCCCUACUGCGAUGGAGGCUUUGUGCAAGAACUCAACGAGAUGCGAGGAGUUGCGCGCCAACACGGCUUCUCAACGCGGAUGGAAGAUGUUCAUCAAAUGCCUGACAUUAUGGAUGCUGUAAGAGCUGUUAUGGAGCAAAGAGGUUCUGAACCGAGCAUUCGGGUUAGAGAUGCUGUUGAUAACUUUAUGAGGCAGAGAAUGGCCGGAAGAUACACAAACUUUGAUGUGAGAAGGAGGUCUGAUUCUGGUUCUGGUUCUGGUUCUAUUCUUAUUCCUGAUGAGACUUGGGGUGUCUUUAGUUCUGGUCCUUAUUUGAUAUUUCAUGGUCAAGCACCAGGGUUCACCAAUUCUAAUGGGAGCUCAAGAGGGGGUCCUAGGGGUGUUGAUUUUGGUGACUACUUUCUUGGUCCUAGACUAGAAGGACUCAUUGAACAACACAUUUCGAAUGACCGGCUUGGUCCACCGCCUGCAUUGCGCUCUUCGAUUGAUGCAAUGCCAACUAUCAAGAUCACACAUGAGCACCUUGAGUCUGAUUCACACUGUCCAGUUUGUAAGGAACGAUUUGAACUUGGUUCCAAGGCAAGGAAGAUGCCAUGUAACCACAUUUACCACUCAGAUUGUAUUGUUCCAUGGUUAGUUCUUCAUAACUCGUGUCCUGUGUGUCGUGUUGAGCUGCCACCGAAAGAACAUACUAGUUCUCGAGGUAGACGUAUUUGGGGAGGUAGAAAUGGUAAUGACAGUGGUAGUGACAAUGAUAUCUCUAGGGGAAGGGAGAAUACACAGAUGAACAAUGGAAGGAGAAAUCUGCUAUCAUAUUUGUGGCCAUUUCGGUCCUCUAGUUCAAGUACUUAGUGUGUGUUUGUUUUACCUGAAUCACGUGUUCCAAAGCAUGUUGAACGUGAUUUCUAUGAGACUGAUUUUGAAUUUGAUUCAACGUCAAACCUAACAAAGCCUUAAUCAUUAUGCUGAGUCUGGGAAGCUACUCUUUUAUAAUUCUUUGGCCAGAACAAUGACAGAAGUUAAAAAGUUUCAUUUCUUCUCCAGGACAAGUGUAAUUAGCUGUCAAAAAAUGCUUGUAAUUUAAAUGACAUGAAGAAAGUUUCUGUAGAUUGUGCUUUGAACUUGAUCUCCUAGAUACUAGAUCAUAGAAGUAUGUGAAUAUCUUUGUAAAUACAAUGUUCUUAAAAACAAUUUUUGUUUUACAUUUUCAGUA